AAACUAAACCUAAUAUUUACGAACGUAAAUAUUCCUAUCAAUUUGUUAAUUACGCUUUUUGAAACGUUAUUUGUUUCAUUAAAAUAGAUAAAUAUAAUUACAAUGCCCUAAAAGUGAUAAAGAGAAGAAACAUUAUUAUUUUCGUCAUGACAUCUGUUUGUUUUGAUAUCUGGAGUGUAUUGUAGUAUUAAUUUUGAAUCAAUGUUAUAAGCUUCUGAUCAAAAAUGGAAGGUGGACAGUGGAGAAACAGUAUCAUAAAUCAAUUGCAGUUAAGGAAUAAAAAAGAAACAACAGCGUUUCAUGAUAUCAUAGCCUUUCAGAGCAGAUUGUUUGAUAAUGUUAAUACGCUGAAAAAUGAAAAUUUACAAUUAACAUUGCUUAAUGAAAGAAUUCGUUAUACCAGCACAGAGACUGUACUUUCUAAUGCAGGAGGUGCUAGUAAUGAAAGAAUACAAGCUUUAGAACAAAAAAUAUUAGCACAACAAGAGGAACUGACUUCAUUACACAGGCGUAGGGGAGAGAGUGCACAGCAAAUAAUUAGUCUGAAUGCAAAAGUACAUGAACAAGAAAAGAGUUUACAAGCAAAAGAUAUCAUUAUUUCAGAAAAUACAGCAUUAAUAGCAUCAUUGAGAGCGGAAAUCCAAUUGUAUGAAACAAACAUGGCGGAGUUACAAGGACUCAAUCAAGUUAUAAGAGAUGAAUACCAAGCGUUACAAAUAGCUUUAUCAUCUGUGGAAGAUAAAUUAAGAAAAGCACAGGAUGAAAAUCGAUCUUUAGUUGAACGUUUAAUUAAAUACAAAGCUAAGGAUGCGGAUAAAAUGAAUGAAGAAAAUGAACAUUUUCUAAAGUCAAGCAACCCUACCGCGUUUUUCAUCAACACCUUUGGUAGAGUUAGUUUCGGGAAGAAAAGUGACAAAGUCCGCAAGGAAUUGGAAGACGCGGCGAGAGAGGGUAGCAGUAGAAGUAGCGGAGGCUCCGGAGGUUCUAGUGACGACAAAAUUAUGGAUACAAUCCAUUAUUACACAUCUUCUUUGCCCACCAAAGUUAGCUUGAGAUUUGACGCGCACGAUGGUGAAGUGAACGCAGUCAAAUGGAGUCCAACAGAUAGAAUAUUAGCAACAGGAGGCGCGGAUAGGAAAGUUAAACUAUGGGAUAUGUCGAAAAUAGGUGUGGUGGAAAGCAGAGGUGCAUUAGUGGGUUCGAACGCGGGUGUGAUGUCGGUGGACUUCGACUCGACGGGUGCGUACAUCGUGGGCGCGUCCAACGACUUCGCGAGUCGAGUGUGGACGGUCGGCGAUCAGCGGUUAAGGCACACACUAACUGGUCAUAGCGGCAAAGUGAUGGCAGCUAAGUUUCUAGAAGAACCCACCAAAGUAAUUACCGGCAGCCAUGAUCGAACGUUAAAAAUUUGGGAUCUCAGAAGUAGAAUGUGUACAGAAACAAAAUUCGCGGGGUCGUCAUGCAACGAUCUCGUGACGUCAGACGGUGCGGGCUCCACCAUCAUAUCGGGACAUUUCGACAAACGGAUAAGAUUUUGGGACAUACGCACAGAGAUGUCAGCCAAUCAUAUCGUACUACAAGGGAAAGUCACAUCUUUGGAUCUCAGUAGAGAUAGUAAUUAUUUACUAGCAUGCGUUAGAGACGACACGAUACAGUUAAUAGAUCUCCGGAUGAACACCAUAGUGCGAUCGUUCAGCCACGAGUCAUUUAAAGUUGGUUGCGACUGGUCGCGCGCGGCGUUCGGGCCGGGCGGCAGAUUACUGGCUGUGGGCGCCGCCGACGGAUCUGUCUACGUUUGGAACACGCACACAGGAAAAUUGGAAACCAUAUUAAAAGAGCACUCGUCAGCGGUGACGGCGGUGUCAUGGCAUCCUCAGUCGGGGCUGCUGGCGUCCGUGGACAGGGGCAAGCGCGCGCUCGUGUGGGGCGACUUGUGACACGCAUGGGACUGCGUUCCGCAGACGACGAUUAUACCACAGGCGACGAGUGAGGAGGCGGAGUUAGAGACGUUUGCGGAAGGGGCAGAAGUUCUGGACUUCUUGCUCGGCGUCACCACCGACUUGCUGCAGCGUUUCGCCUAGCGUCCGCUGUCCGCAACAUGACUACACGUACCAAACACUGUUAUACUCCUAAAUCAUGCACUAUUCAAAUAAGGCCCUUCUUUUUAUAUCUAACAGUGUGUAAUAUACACACAUACACAAUUCAGUGUUUAGUAAAUAUGUGAAUAUGAAUAUUUUUUAUAAAAAUGUAAAAUGUAAGAGGUGCUUUAACACUUGAUCGAGUUACACGCGGCUACAAAAACGCCUUAUUACAUUAAAAACUCGUUUUAAAUAUGAGUUUCUAUGUGCUAUAAAAUACUUUCCAAUAAUUAUGCGAAAGCGACGCACUGCCCUUUUUAAAUAACUUUUCAUACUUCAGAAUAUAUCGUGUUAAAUUUUUUAAUAUUUAGAUUGGCUAAAACGCUAUUUGUGAAAUGAAUGUACAUUAUUAUGUGAUUGUGAUAUUUUUUUCGCUAAAUGGUUAUUUGUGUGAUAACUGUUUAAAAAUGUAUGGCAUAGUCGAUGUACAUAAUAUAUAGUUUAUAGUUGUUGAUUGUAAAGUAACGUUUAUACAAAGGAAUAACGGUACAUUUUCUAUACGUCCACAACAAUAGAAGUAGGAAAAAUUAAUGGCCAAUUUAGAGUAGCGUUACAAAUAACAUCGUCGCAGCGUUUAAAUAUCUUACGCACAAUCAGCGAUAGAUACAUUAAUAGCCGGCUAUUAUUGUCAAGUUGUCAUCAUAUUUGUUUAGGGAGAACACAGGUGGACCGAGCUCCCCACUCGUCACUCGCCGGCUCAUUAGCAAACAAUGAUCGAACUUCGACUUCCGAAAUAGGGACAAAACAAUAUGCUACCUUUUGUUAUUCAGUAGAUAAAAAUUGGUGUCUACAGUACUUAGUAUAAAAUACUAUCAAGCCUUUACACGUAUCGCGCUAUCCCUCAGAUCAUACAUCGCGAUCAAUGAACGGCGAAUACAGCGAAGAAUUCAUGGCAACCACAUCCAUAAUCCCGUGACGUGCAUUUUGACAGACGCGUUCGACCGCUUUUUUCUAUACAUUUUUUGUCGCCAUUUUUUUCACCUCCGCCCGGCAGUCCGUUGAACCUGCGACGUUUAUAAAGAGCUAUUUUCACAUGCAAUUACACGUAUAGCCGACUUAAUUACCCGAAACCGCUGCGACGCCGUCGCCGACGGGACAUGGAGGCCGAUCGAAAAAACGACCUAAUCCGGCGCCGGUUAAAUUACGCUUCGUUAACCUUAGCUGAGGCUAAUAAUAGCGUAACUACUGCUUUGCAUGGUAAUGCAGCGCGACGCCUCGUCUCUCUACGUUCGAAAGUUUCUUGCCAAGAGAACAUGUCAUUUCUUUAUAAAUUUAUGAAGUUUUGCCUGUUUCUUUCGACAGGCAAUAAUUUUCUGUAGGCGUUCUAGCCAUAUUUCUAACCUAGUCAAUUAAGCUUGAUUGAUAAAUGUGUUUACAAUUCUAUUAUAUGUGAUAAUUUUGUUUCAUUAUUUUUAACGGGACUACUCGUAUAUUUACAUAAACAAAAAUUAUAAUAAAUGUUUUCUGUAUUUUAUGUGGUUUUUCGAAGUCAUGAUUAUUUUUUUAAUCUUGAAUAAAUUUACAAAUUUUAAUAUUAAGAACAUGGGUGGCAAAUACUCUUCAGAAUUACAAUGUUAUGUAAAAAAAAGUGUAUAUUUAAUUGAAUCUACUUCACUUAUGAAAAUGUAAAUUCUCUUACCAGAUAACCUUGCUUUGACAAGACUAACAAAAAGAUAUGAGGACUAAAAAUGUAGUUUGGACUAAAACGUAGUUUUAUUUAAAUGUUUUUUAAACAUUCAUCACAAAAUUUUCUGUGCCUUUUUUACCUAUAAAGUACUUAUUAAAUUGCUAAAGUUUGUAAGUAAACGUUCAUCGUUUGCUGUAAUAUCUGCGAAUAUGUAUUUUUUUACUAAAUUACCGAUAAGUCAUAUUCUAGUUAUAAGCAUAUUAAAUAGACUGUUAUUGUACGUAAUAAACAGCUUCAAUAUUUAGUUUUCUAACUUUCAAGACUAGACUACAAAUUGUUUAUAUGUAAAUUACAAAUAUUUCUCUCAUCUCAACAGUAUCGACUGAUAUCUUUAUAAAAUAGUAUUGUGAUAAAUAAAUAAAUAAAUAAACUCUGUAAGGUAUUCUGUAAUUGCGCACAUGUGGCAUCGAUACGUCACAAUCGACCUAAAACAUUUUAGAUAGUAACGCUCCAUAGAAUUGACUAAGAAAUACUUAUAAUCCCAUCAUCUUAAUAUCCUAGAAAGAAAACGUGAUUUUUUUAAAUACACAAAAGUACCACAAUCCUUCUUAGUCGCUAGUGUGGGUGUGUGCAGUCAAUUUGAAAUCUAAUAUUUAUUUAACGGGACAAGAACCGUUUUGAUGGUUUCAAAAAUAAAAGGCGUCGUUUCACCUAUAGUAUUAAUGUCACCGCAGGUAAGGGUGACAAUACCUGUCUAUAAAUUAGGAUUUUCAUGUCUCAGAUGUCAAAUAUCUAAAACAUAAAAGGCAUAUUACAAAUUUUUGACGUUGCCUUGAAAAUGAAACUUUGAGAGUGGUUGACAAAGCAAUGGUUGGAAAGACUUGUCUCUUUGACUUGGUUGGAAAAUCUUGUCAUUGAAUGAAUGUCUUUUUAAAUUUAUUAAGCGUCUUAGGAUGUACUUCUGCGUUCUGUCCUUGUCCAGUUAGCAGGAUAUUAAUCAUUUCAAUGGGCACAAUACCUAUGUCUUUAAUAUUGUUUUGUAAGAACUACUACUAGUUCGUGAAAUAAAAGGGCUUCGCAACCUACAAAUGGCACUGAAAACUUGUAACUUCUGUUUUCCCUCUUGUUUUCUACGAAAAUAUCCAAUUUGCGCUAUUUGUCAAGAAACUGAAACAACAAGGCUGCUAUUUCACAAUUAAUAAUAUAUGACAUAUAUUAUUUAUAAAAAAUAAUAAUUAAAUGUGAUGUAAAUAACUUGUAAAGAUCAUUUUAUAAUGCCGCAAUUGUCCAGAAAAUUGCAAAACUCAUGGUCAUCCUUCAAAUUGUUUUUGUUGGUUUUAAGAGAAGCCACACGGGAAUAGGCCUAAGUAUAUUGGGUCGUAUAAAAGACUUAUGAAUUGAGUCUUUCCAGAAUACUUCAGGAAAAUUAUGGUUUAUUAACGUGGAGGAAAAAUGUUAAACUAAACGUAUUUUUAUAUUGUAAUAAAUUUUGACAGAUGUCGUUUCUAAUUUUACGGGGACUUUGAUGGGCAUCAAGAUCCGGAUAAUUUAAUGAAUUUUAUGUGAAAUUUUUGCAGCAUGUGUUUUUUAUCUUCAUCGAUGUUUACUAAAUUGAUUGUGUAUUCAAUAUGCGAUAUAAAUAAGUACAUAUAUUAUUUUUU